UCCAAUUCAAAACAAAGCUUGGAAGAAAACAACACGAGUAAUUGAGACUUUCAUUUCAUUUUACUCAGCUGUUGAAAUCGGUCGUAAUAAACCAUCUUAAUCUUGUAAUCUUUUAAAUUCAUUUUCAAACAGCUCAAACUAGAGAGAGAGAUCACGUAGGUCGUAAUCUCAUGCGGCGUUUUCCUGCUCUUAUAAACAAUCUCAAACCAAUCUUCCCGGCUUCGGGAUCAAACUGUAAAGUUGUGAGAACCAUAGUACCGAAAAAACCGGGGAACGAGAACAAUGGUGAAAGAGAAACAAUGAAGAAGAUUGAGGAAUCGGUAGAGCCACUGGUUGCCUUCAGUAGGCCACCACCAUUUCCACCAUUUAUUGGUCCAUUGGUCAUGUAUUCUCUUCUUCAAUCAUGGUCUAGCCGCGAUGAAGAUGGCUAGUUGCUUCGUGGAAUGUAUAUAUAUAACUAUAUGAGAUGUAUGCCAAAGUUUUCUUGACCAGAAUCUCUAAAAUCUAGAUAUUAACCGAGCCUUUUAGCAUAAUCUUGUGUUAUAUAUGUUCUGAUUUUCCUCUGAGACAAUAAAAGGUCUGAUGUUGUUUUAUAGUAAAUCGAUCAAUUGUUUUGUUUUUGUAA